CAUCACGAAGGAGGCGUGGCCUGUGCGGUAGCGCCGCACCCGCCUUCCGGGUCGGGACCGGCCGAGCGGAGCCGAACCGGGGCGGGCCGGGCCCACCGGGAGCAGCCGAGCUCCAGCGGGCAGAGCAAAGCAGAGCGGGCCGAACCGGGCCGAGCCGAACCCGACCGGGCUGAGCCGAACUUCACCGGGCCGGGAGCAGCCGAAGGCUCUCGGACCGGGCCGGGAGCAGCCGAACCCGCUCGGAGCGAGCCGAGCAGAACCGGGAGCAGCCGAAGGCGCUCGGGCCGGUUCCGGCGCGGGCCAUGGGGCAGAUCGAGUGGGCCAUGUGGGCGAACGAGCAGGCGCUCGCCGCCGGGCUCAUCCUGCUGACGGGCGGCAUCGUGGCCGUGGCGGGGCAGUUCAAGGGCUGGUACUUCGCGGCGUAUUCCAUCGCGGCAGGCGUCCUGGUGUGCCUGCUCGAGUAUCCCAGGAGCAAGAGGAAAAAGGGCUCUACCAUGGAGCGGUGCGGCCAGAAGUACCUGACAGCCGUGGUGAAGCUCUUGGGGCCCCUCACCAGGAAUUAUUACAUCCGAGCCAUCCUCCACGCUGCCCUGGCUGUCCCCGCUGGAUUCCUCCUCUCCACCAUCCUGGGCACCGUCUGCCUGGGCAUCGCCAGCGGCAUCUACCUGCUGGCUGCAGUUCGAGGGGAGGAGUGGAGACCCAUCGAGCAGAAGCCCCGGGAGAGGCCACAAGUGGGGGGCACCAUCAAGCAGCCCCCCAGCAACCCCCCGCCCCGGCCGCCCCCCGACGCCCGCAAGAAGCAGCCGGAGGUGGGGGGGCAGGUGAACCCCAUCCCUGUGGAGGUGGAAUAGUGGGGGACCCUCCUGCCCCACUGCCCUGCUCCUGCUCCUGCUUCCCAGCUGCUCCUGGAUCCGCUGCAGCCAUCCAUUGGGCUCCUGGGGGUCCCCAAAACCCCGGGGCUGUGAGCCCUUUGCUGGGGGUCCCCAGCUCCUGGUGAUGCUCAGAUCCCUGGGACCCUCAGUUCCCCUGGGCUGGGGAUUCCCAAGGGAAUCCCAAAUCCCCAGUGAUGCUCAGCUCCCUGUAGGAUCUCCAUCUCCUGGGGAUCCCCAAAUCCCCUAAGAUGGUCAGAUCCCAAAUUCCCAGCGAUGUGAUGCUCCCUGUGGGGUUUGCAGCCCUUGGGGGCUUCCCAUCUUCUGGAGAUUCCCAAAUCCCUGGGUCUGCUCAACUCCCUGUGGGCUCUCCAGCUCCCAGGAGCUCCUCAGCUCCUGGACCUUCCCAAAUCCCCAAGAACGUUCAGCUUCCUGUGGGAUCUGCAGCCCCCAAGGCCUUCCCAGCUCCUAAGGAUCCCCCAAAUCCUUGGGGAUUCUCAGCUCCCUGUGAAUUUCCUGCUUCCAGGGGCUCCUCAGCUCCUGCAAAACCCCAAAUUCCUGGGCAUGCUCAGCUCCCUGAGGGUCCCAACUCUCCAAGCAGCCCCCAGUUCCCUGGGGGAUCCCCAAAUCCCUGUGGAACUCCAGCGCUCAGGGAAUCCCCAGCUCCCAAGGGGGAUCAGGCAGCUCUGCUCCUGCUCUCCCUGGUUUUUGUCAUUUCUGCAGUUGCUGUUGCAAUAAAAAGUGGGAAAGGCA